AUGGAGAACUCGCUGUUCGGGCUACUGGCGCCGGAGCUGCGCAACCAAAUCUACGAACACGUCUUCACCACUUCCGGAGGCAUUGCCCUUGACUGCAGCGACGACACAAUGGAUCAGUCAUUCGACCGAGCCACAGCCAGCCUCCCAUCCAUCGCGCUUACACAGACUUGCCGCGAGAUUCGACAAGAGACGCGCAAGAUGUACUACCAUCUCAAUCCGCUUACGAUCAUGACAACGACCCCGACUGCAUCGUCCGAGGCAAAGAAAUUCCCGCGCUGGGAAGUGCGCAGUAGAGUCAACGCUUUCCGACGCCUGAUCGGCAAAGAUCAGUUCUCCGAGAUCCGCCAAGUCAAGCUCAAGAUCGAGGCCCGCAAAGAUGCUGUGCGCGGUAUUGGGGGAACGUACGAAAUGGACCGCAAACUGGUGCUCAAGGUCCGAAGCUUGUUCUCCAUGGAGACAAGGUUCGAAGUCCACUUCACAUUGGGCCAUUCGCACCCAGGGGCGCCCUGUGCUUGGCUCAACGCCAUUUGGGACGUCGACCGUUCGCGCGAGCAGUUCAUGCAGCAGCUGUCUGUUGCGAUGCAGACGGCGGUAAAGGAAUGCACCCCUUCAACUGCUUCUCCACCGAUCCAACACAUACAAACUAUCAAAGUUCAAUUACUUGCAGCACAAGCCCAGUUACUGGUCCUGCCGGUGCGCAUCAAAUGCGAAUGGAUGUGA